UCUUUUGUUUUGCUUGCCAUUUUCCGUCCACUCCAUUCAAAAUUCGCCUCGAGCACGUUUCGCGGGUUGGAAAGUUUCGUCCUGCUCAAAAAAUGGCCAAAAUAAAACGCAAAGCAACCGUUCCGGAACCGAAACCGCAACAGCAGCAAGCCGACGAUGACAGCGGAUCCGACUACGAAGUGGACCGUCACAUGACGCUAACCAGAGCGCCGAAAACCGUAGCCGAAGAAUUCCCGCUUCCCAAACAAGUUCGCAAAGAUGUGGUGAAACGAGGAACGGCCGCUCAGGACGUCUCGGAAGAUGAAUCCAGCGAGGAGGAAGAAGAUGAUGAUGAGGAUGUUAAUUUGCCGACCCUGACCAAGGCCCAGAUUGCGGAGAUCCUGCAGACCAUCAAAAACAACAAACGAUUGGUGUUGAACGUAUCGAAUGUAAAUUUUUCCACUUCCAAGGAAGAAAUCGAAGAGCAUUUCAGGAAGGCCGGUCGGGUGAAGGGUGUCCGGAUACCCAAGAAGCGAGCGUCCGGAUUUGCGUUUGUCGAGAUGCUCGACGCGGAAGGGUUUCAGAAAGCGUUUCUACUCCAUGGAUCCUUCCUAGACGGUCGCCAGAUACGGGUACAGCUGUCGGAAAGUGGCAAGAAAAAAUCCCACCAGAAAAUACUGCUGCUGGAGAAGAAGAAUGCCGAGAUCAGGAAAAUGCGAAAGAAGAACCGAGCCAAACCGGAAGCGAAAGAGGUCACACUGGUUCCGAAAGUGCAACCGAAAGUCGUAGAACGGGAUCCCUACUUGGACAAAAAGAAAACCAAGCCGCCGACCAAGAAGGAGAUUAAGGCAUACAAAAAGAAGGUUUCACUGAAGGCCAAAUUCCGGAACGUGGCCAUGAAGGGAAUAAAAGUUUGAUAUGAUGAAACA